AUGAAACCGCAAACUAUUAUUCAAGAAUUAUCCACUGUUUCAAUUCCAGAUGAACAUCAAUCAACGCACCUUCCAAAAAUUCCAAUAUGGAAGAAGUAUCUAAUCAAUUCCAUAAAUUGCCUUGAUGGCACAUGGACUAAACGAUUUCUACAAGAGGCUAAAGAGUUGGAUCUAGACUCAAAUAGUAUUAUAGAAAAGGUAGUACCUGAGCUUGAAGCAUCAGUGAUUUCUGGUCCCACAAUUGCGACCUGCUUUAUUAUGUUUCAGUUUGGUUUGUUGAGAUGUUGGAAUGACGAAAUACAUAUUCUAAUUAUCUACUCUAUUCUAACCAAGGCCGAUGUACUUUUAACUGCUAAACAGAUAAAUAAACACUCAAAUGGUGGUGACAAUGCAAGGGUAGUGGAUUCAGUUCAAACUACACCAGAAAAGCUAACAAAAGUCAAUCUAGAAAGGAAAGAACAACCUAAAUCACCGACUCCUUCUAAUGGUGAAACUUAUCUUCUUGCAUAG